AGACAAUCGCACAACAUGAUACUCCCUCUGUUCCGAAAUAAUUGUCGUUGGACAACUCCAGUACAAAUUCAGCCACGUUACGAAAUUAACGCACUUUCUCAUUUUACCCUCGCGCCGUUCGUCGCUGUCCACUCACUCUUGCUCUCGUCGCCCUCUCUCCCCUUCGCCUCUCUUCUGCCACCACCUCGACCACCUCGCCGGCCACCACCUCACCCAGCUCGCCGGCCACCCACCACAUCGGCCAGGAGGCCACCAUCUCUCCCCGUCGCCGCCAUCUUUCUUCCGCCUCCACUCACACCCGUCGUCCACUCGCACCCCACCCCACAUCCGAGGUCAAGCUUUGAUGCGCCUACUCUGGAUCUGGCGACGGAGGCGGGAGAUGGGGAGGAGGCCGUCGCGGUGGUGUGCCUGGACCACGUCCUCAAGCACGCCGGUGGCGCCACGGAGGAGGCCGAGCGCAUCCGCCGCUGCCACAACGCCGACGGCGCCAUGGAGUACUGGCUCGAGCCGGACGAGCUCGCGGCCCUGCGCCGGGAGGUCGGCGCCGACCCGUACUGGGUGCCGCCAGGGUGGAAGCGCGGAGACCCCGUGUCCGCCGACGGCUACGCGCUCAAGGCAAAGAUGCAGGUGGAGGAGCUCAGCAAGGAGCUCGCCGGAGUAAAAAGGUCUCUUUUUUCCCCUUCUCCUGUCAUCUUCUCUUGCUCUGCUUGCUUGCUUGGAGCAGUAGACCUUGUAGACAUUUGUGCAAGCAGUAGCGGACAGAUUUGUGCAAGAUUGCUGCUCUUCUCUUCUCUUCUUGUUCUUGGAGCAAGUAGCAGCAGACGGAUUUGUGCAAGUAGACUUCAACAAACAGAUUGGAGCAGACAGGUUUAGCAGGCAAAUUGUUUGGUGCUUGCUUGCUUUAGACAGAUAGGUUUAGCACACAUUCUUGCAUGGCAGACAAACAGGUUGUGCAAAAACACCCCAAAAGCAAGUAGACCUGCUUGCAGUAGCUCUUAGGUGAAUUUUGUUUCCUUGGCAAAAAAUUCAGUUUACAAAAUUUUGCAAAUUUUGAAUUUGUAAUUUUGCAGUACUGUUUUGAUUGCAGUAGUUUUUCAGUAGCUUGUUAACUUGCUGAUGCUUUCUUAAUUUUGUUAAUUCUGUACAACUUGCUGAUGCUUAGUGUUAAUUCUUUACAGCUACUCCACUGAACUACAGUACCGAAGUACUGCUUGAACUACUGCAGCAUUGCUUCCAAUACAACAGUAUUGGAGUAUUGCUUCCAAUUACUGGAGUAGCAAGUGCAGCAGUAGUGUACUGCUCUUGUUUAGUAGUGUAGGAAUUUACUGGGUUAUUUGUGCUGAAUAAAUCUUGUGGGUUUUAUUCUGUUUGAGAAUCCUAAAUCUUGCGGGUAUCUAUGAACCAAAUUCAGCACAGUAGUUUAAUUGCACUUUCACUAUGUUUUACUGGAGUAGUUGUCAUAUUCAGAUAUUUUCUUUCAUUCUCUUUAUUUAUACCAUGACUUUGUUCAAAGGUGUUGAAAAUCAGGUUUAGUCACGGAAGCCAUCCAACAGAAUGCAUAUUUCUCCCCUCAAAAACAAAAGGAAAAAAGAAUGUAUAUUCCCUAUUGUUUUUUGUGUGGCUAGGGUUGUUUUUGUGUCCACAAAAUAAAACAAAUGCUAUUACCAGCCAGCCAAAAAUGGUCAAGAUGGUUACCACUGGUAAACAAUCACACACUCAAGCUUAGUUGGGUUGAAUCCAUGGAUUUUUUUAAGUGCCAGCUAGUUAUUAGCAUUGUUGCAAACUGUUCUGUGUAAAGGAGGUGUCCAGUAAUUCACACCGAAUUUGUACUCCCAUGAUCAGUGUUACUGUACAGUAAUUCACACCGAAUUUGUAAGUGCAAAUAGUGCUUGUUUUCAGGAGUAGGAUGCUGAUCAAUGGUGCUUGUUUGGAGUAAUUGUUUGCUCUGUAGUGCAUUUUUGCUGCAACCUAAUCUGUGGAGUAUCAAGCUAAUUGGAAGAAAGCCAAUUGCUUGCUCUGUAGGAACUUUUAUGUGCUGGAGUAUAGGAUUUGCUAUUUAGCAAGGCUUGAGUAAUUUAGUGUUCUUCACUUCUCCUCUACUCACUUCUCUUCUCUUCAGUAAAUUAAAUUUAGGAGUAGGAAUAGUUAAUUAACUAAACUACUCUGCACCUUAGAACUACUCCUGUUAAUUAACUGAAAAAUCUUUUUUAAGUUAAUUAACUUAAUUUAUUUCUGUUAGGAGUAGGAGUAGUUCUUGGAGUAGGAAGAGGAGCAGUGCAAAGAAUUCUCUUCUCUUCUCUUACUCUUCUCUUCUCUACUCUUGCUCUCUUCUCUUCGCUUCGCUUCUCUUCUCUUGGGAUUAUUAUGGAUUAUGGAGUAUCAGAGAGUGAUCAUACAAAUGGAGUAGUAGAAAUAUACACAUACAAAUGGAGUAUGGAGUAAAAAUCAUGUUCUGCAGCUAGCUGUUGGUGAAGUGUGAUUUUCUCACAAUAUAAGACAUCCGGACUCUAUCCUUGGUGGUCGAGCAGCGUUAGCCAACUUUGUCUUGCUGAUCUACGGCUGAAUAAUUAUGUUGAAGCUUGCUGCUGUGGUCAUGCAACUAUUUUCAGGUAUGAUCUAAUGACUCGUCGGAAAGAAACCUGUCACAAAGAGCCUUUUGGCUUAACCCUCGUUACAUGUGGCAAUUUGGGUAAUACUUUGAAAUUUUGAAUGUGUCCUGGUUGCAAUUUCCUGAACCCAUACAGGUGCAGAGUACAAUGCUUUUUGGUAGAAAACCAUUAAUAAAAGAAUAGACAAAUUGUUAUUCUAUUCUGUUCUACACAAACAGGGGUAAUAGAAUGAAUUGGCUUAUUCACAUUUCACAUUCAUUUUAGCUAAUCAUUCUGCCAUUUAGUGCUCCAUUCGACUUACAGAGUGCUGCUUGGCCACAAAGAAAGAGAGAUAUUAAGCAGACUAUGGGUCGAAGAGGUUUUCCCCUUGUCAUCCUUUUAUUUGUUCAAAUUGGCCGCUUAAAUAAAUUCACGAGUACUAGUCUCUUCUGUCCAAAUUUUAAUGAAGGUUAUGCCCUCGAUCUCAUUGUGCCGGCAGAACCAGUUUAAGCAGAGAGUCCGAGUCCGAGGAGCUCGCCCUGAGGAAGAAGAGAUAUUCCAGUUUACAAUGAUUCAGAGAGUUGGCGGCUCGUGGGAUGGCUACUAGGCAAUGCUAAUAUGCUCCACAGUCCCAGUAGCAAAUGGAACAUGGACGCCUACUGGAUGAACAAGUAACAUGCCAGUGAUGCAUUGCAGGUUUUGCAGCAUUGGUGUAUCAAACUAUUGUUCAUACUAGUACUCCUGUUCAAUAAAGAUGUUUCCAAAAUUACAGGAAAUCCAAAAUUUAUUCUGUAUACUACUCUAGCAGAAAUCCAGCAGAAUAAUUAUAAUUACUCUGUGUUCAUCCAGCAGAAGAGGGACACACGGAGUAAUUAUUUUGUCUCUGUGUUCAUCCAGCAGAAAUCCAAGCAAUUCUGAUCAAAAUCAUUGUGCGUAUGCAGGAGCAGAAAGGAGCAGCGAGCAGCAGCGGCGGCUGACCUCGAGCUCUCGGUUGGAGUGGAGGGAGACGGCCAGCGAGGGAUACGCGGCCAGCGGGGAAGGAUUCGGAGCUGCGGCGGAGCAGGCAACCGGUGGGGAAAGGCGGCCGCCGGUGAGGGAGCUCCGGACCGCGGCGAGGGAGCUUUCGAUCGCGGCGGGGAAGGGCGACCAGAGGGGAUCGAGCUCUCGAUUGGAGCGGCGCAGGCAACCGGCGGGGAAGGGCGCCGGAGAUGUGGACGACGGAGGAGCCUGGCGAAGGGGAGGAGCGACGGAGUCCUGGCGGAGGGAAGGAGCAACGGAGGAAGACGACGGCCCGUGCGAUUUCAAGUUGGUGGGUGGGGGAGGGGCAGUUUGGUAAUUUCACUCGUUUUCACCUGGUCGGAAAACCCCUCCAACGACAAUUAUUUCGGAACGAAGGGAGUAUAUUUGAGUGAGCAUGAACCUCAAUACAAAUAGAAAAGAAAGAACAUGAACAGUAAAAUCAUAUCUCCGCUCAAUUUUUUUAUUCCAAUGGAUAGCAAGUAAA